CCACUCUUGCAGAAUAGUGGAUGUAGCCACAUGACUCCAGACAAUUUCUCCUUAUCUGUGCUGGGUCCAGUGCUUUAGCUGGAAAAUGCCAAAUACACCAUUUCAAUGGGAGCUACACCCUGUAGCUGCAGGCAAAGUAGUUUACAAAGGCUCACGGAGCUUGAACACAGCAGGAUUCAAUGCAUUAUGUACGGAUCAGCCCUCUGGAAUUGCACAUGCACGUAAGUCACGCCUGUAGGAAAACAGUCAUUUAAAACCUCCUUCUUCCCUACCUCUUGGAGCUGACUUGAGUUAAAUAUUAACAAACUUGGUUCAUCAAUUCCCUGGUUCGCUUGGCUUCUUUUAACAACAGAUGUUAUUACAACAACUCCUCUGCCGGCCUGCCUCCCCGCUCCCGCCAGCGAGGCCGAUGGUGAAACCCAAGAAUCUGCCGCCGUAACUCUGCCUGCGGAGCCUGGCUGCGGCCCCGGCCGUCUGCUCUCCCCCACCUCUCUCCCUGGGACCACCAAUGCUGCCCGCCUUUGGCAUCUGCGAGUAGCUUGUGCUGUGAGCCACUGGUCGCUGCAGAGAGGCGUUGGUUAAAGGAGACGGAGAAAAGGAGCGAGGGAGCCCAGGGGAAGGUGGGUUCUUGCUGUCGGAGGAGGAGGAGGAGGAGGAAGCAGUGAGCAUGGCCAGCAACUCCAGUGCACUGCCCCGGGUGACCUUCCAGACGCCAGAGAAACCUGGGGAGGAAUCAUCACAUAGGAAACUGGGCAAGUUGACCAUCAAGUACAACCGCAAGGACCUACAGCGCUGGCUAGACCUGGAGGAAUGGAUCAACACCCAGCUGCAGGAGCUGUACCAAUGCCGGCUAAGAGAGGAAACAGAGGCAGCAGCUCCUGAACCACAAAUUGAUCUUGAAGAUCUCCUGGAGGUCCCUAAUGAAGAACAAAAAUUAAAACUACAGGAAAUCCUCCAUGAGUGCGCCAGCCCGACAGAGGACUUCAUUACGGAGUUGCUUAGUCGAUUAAAAGGUCUCCGGAGAGUCACCAAUCCUCAGAAGAAAUGACCUUGUCCACAUGGAGCACCCAGCUUUGGUCACAAGGAAACGUGUAUCUUCCCCACA